AGGAGAUUUUUGGGAGAUUUGAGCAUUUAGGACGAACUGUCAUCGAAGUGUUGGCAACACUGAUUCGCCCGCCAUGUUGACUGUCAAAGUCAGUGACGUCAUUCUUGUUUUUUAUUCCUUCCCUGGAACUUUUUCUCACCAUCUUCUCCAUAGGAAACACAAGUGGAAUUACCUUUUAUUUCCAGCCUAUCGUUUUCUCAAAUCGCCCAUCAUGGAGGACAUUUUUCACUGGUGCAGGGAAGGAAAUUCCAUUCAGGUGCGCCUCUGGCUGGAUGACACGGAGCACGAUAUGAAUCAGGGAGACGAUCAUGGGUUUAGUCCACUUCACUGGUGUGCCAAAGAGGGCCACUCGAAAUUGGUGGAGAUUCUCCUCCAACGUGGGGCUCGUGUAAAUGCCACAAAUAUGGGGGAUGACAUUCCUCUGCAUCUGGCCACAGCUCAUGGCCAUCUGGAGAUAGUCAUGAUGCUGCUGCGUCACAAAUCCGAUGUCAAUGCCACCAAUGAGCAUGGUAAUACUCCCCUGCACUAUGCAGCUUUCUGGGGAUACACGGCAAUUGCCGAGGAAUUGGUCAAUCACGGAGGAUUGGUAUCCCUGGCCAAUAAAGACGGGGAUACCCCUCUGGACAAAGCCAAAGCCCAGCUGGCCAAGCGCCUUCACGAUCUGGCAGUUGAAAGUGGUCAGGAGCUGAGAAAGAUCAGUUUCAAAGAUCAAAGUUGGCUGGGCCUGAAAACCCGAUCCCGGGAUGCCACUCUUUCCCGCUACAAAGGAAUCAAUAUCCGGGAUUUGGAAUUGCACACAAAGCUCGCAAUUCCAGCUUCUGGAGAAACCUGGCGCGGACGCUGGCAGAAGAAUGACAUAGUGGCGAAAAUUCUCAACAUCCGGGAGUACAGUGCCCGAAUUUCGCGGGAUUUCAAUGAGGAAUUCCCAAAAUUGCGAAUUUUCUCGCAUCCAAACAUCCUUCCUGUCAUCGGUGCAUGCAAUUCUCCGCCAAAUCUCAUUGUAAUCAGUCAGUACAUGCCCCGGGGCUCCCUCUACGAUCUCCUCCACGGAGCCGUUGGGGUCGUCGUGGACACAGCUCAAGCUGUCCGUUUCGCUCUGGACAUUGCCCGUGGCAUGGCCUAUCUGCAUUCUCUCGAGCGCAUCAUCCCGGAAUAUCACCUGAACAGCUACCACGUGAUGAUUGACGAGGAUCUCACGGCCAGGAUCAACAUGGGAGAUGCAAAAUUUAGUUUCCAAGAACGCGGAAGACUCUACAAACCUGCCUGGAUGUCUCCGGAAGCCCUACAGAAGAAACGAUCAGAUCGCAAUUGGGAAGCCUGCGACAUGUGGAGCUUUGCCAUUUGCGUCUGGGAAUUGGCCACCAGAGAGAUUCCCUUUGCCGAUCUCUCACCAAUGGAAUGCGGCAUGAGGAUUGCCACUGAAGGACUUAGAGUGCAAAUCCCACCAGGUACUUCGCCCUAUCUGGCCAAACUCAUUCGGAUCUGCAUGAAUGAAGAUCCAGGAAAACGACCCAAAUUCGAUAUGGUCGUGCCGAUUCUCGAUAAAAUGAAGCGCUAAGUCGCACGCGAUUUUUUUAAUCGACUUUAUCUAACUUCCUGCCUCCUCCACCCCUUUAAUAAUCCUUUUCAAUGUUCUCAAAUCGUGAUAAUUCAUCGGAUAAAAGCCUGGUUUUUUUUUACUAAUAUUCCUCAUCAUUCAUUAACUCGAAUUUUUGUAAAGAAAAAAAAGUGUUCUUAAUGCAAAGUGCAAAUUGACGAAAACUGUGUGACAAAAUGGCCUUAAUUCUCUGAUAACCUACUCAAAAAAGUAUUUGAUUUCUUAAAGUUUCCGGAAGAUACUGCAGGAUUGGGGUCUUUCAGAGAUUACAUGUAACUAUUAGAAGUAAUACGUUGAAUUUUUGGUCAGGUAGCAAAAACUUUAGGUAGCUAAAUGGUGAAAAUGAUCAGUAAUGCCUGCGACAUACCUUUUAGAUCAGUAAAAUUUCAUGAAAUCAAAAUUCGCGUCCCUUUAUCAAAAGGUUUGCAUAAGUCUGUCCUACUCUUUCGACUCCAAAUUGGACUGAACUAAAUUUAAUUUGGUGUCAUGUUCAAAAGAAGAAGAAGAGUCUAAAAGAGCAGGAUAGAUAUAUGCUAAACUUUUAAGAAAGGGAUGUGAAUUUUGAUUUCAUGAAAUCUUACCGAUCUAAAAGGUGUGCCAGAGCCAUAAAAAUUCAAAUUUUAUCUAUAAUGGCUCCGGCACACCUUUUAUAUCAGGAAAAUUUCAUGAAGACGAAAUUCGCAUCCCUUCCUUUCUCACAUGUUUUGUAUAUGACUAUCUCACUCUUUCGCAUACCAAAUUCUAUUGAUCGAAAUUGAAUUUGGUGUGAUGUUUAAAAGAAGAAGAAGAAGAGUGCAAGAGGAUGAGAUAGUCAUAUGCAAAAUAUGUGAAAAAGAAAGGGAUUCGAAUUUCGACUUCAUGAAAAUUUCCUGAUCUAAAAGGUGUGCCGGAGACAUAAAAAUUGAAAUUUGAUCACUUUUAGAUCAGGAAAAUUUCAUGAAAUCAAAAUUCACAUCUCUUUCUCACGAGCUUUGCAUAUGUCUAUCCCAUUCUUUCGCACUCCAAAUUCGAUUGAGCUAAAUUGAAUUUAGUGUGGUGUUUAAAAAAAAGAAGAAGAGUACGAAAGAAUGAGAUAGACAUAGACAAAUCGUGUGAGAAAGACAGAGAUUCUAAUUUCGACUUCAUGAAAUUUUACCGGUCUAAAAGGUGUGCCGGAGGCAUUAAAAUUAAAUUUGGUGAAUUAAUAACUUUGAAAGCAGUGAAAUCAUCAUUUUGGUUUGUCAAUAAUUUUUUAUUGACCUAAAUUGCUUUUUAGGGACCAAACGGAUUUUUUACUGACUAAAAUUGUUUUUUUUUCCCCAACAAAGUUGUUUAGUCUUUUACCAAUGGAAAUGGACUUUUAUUACAAGCCGAAAUAGUUAUUCUUUUAUCAACCAAAAUUGAUUUCAUUUACUGAUCAAAUUUGACUUCUUCUACAAGACGACACUUUUAUUUUAUUUACUGACCAAAAUUUACUACUUUUAUUGUCUAAAAUAUUUUUUCUAUUUUUUUUUUAUAAUUCAAACAGAUUUUUUAAACAAACCAAUAUAGACUUUGUACCAAGAUUGACAUUUCUAUUAACCAAAAUUAACUUCUUCUACUGAUUAAAAUUACUUUUGCUGACAUAAAUUGACUUCUUUUAUUGACCGAAAUUGUUUUGUUUUUACUAACCGAUUUUUUUUGAAAACCAAAUUAGACUUUUUUACUGACUAAAAUUGGCUUCUUUUGCUAGCCAAAAUAGUUAUUCUUUUAUCAAUCAAAUUGACUGACUAAAAUUAUCAUCUUUUACUGACUUAAAUUCACUGCUUUUACUGACCAAAAUUGACUUCUUUUACUGACCUAAGUUGACUUCUUUUACUGACCAAAAUUAACACAUUUUGCUGAUUAAAAUUGGCUUCUUCUGCUGACCUAAAUUGACUUCUUUUACUGACCAAAAUUAACAUCUUUUGUCGAUCAAAAUUGACUUCUUUUACUGACCAAAAUUAACAUCUUUUGCUAAUCAAAAUUGACUUCUUUUAUUGACCAGAAUUAUUUUUUUAUUAACCAAUUUUUUACAGACCAAAAUUGACCUCUUUUGCUGAUCAAAAUUUAUUGCUUUUGCUAACCAAAGUUGGUUUUUAUAAAGACCAAAAUUGACUUUUUUGCUAACCAAAAUAGAUUUUAUUACUGGCCAAAUUAUUUUUUUAGAGAUCAAAAUCAAAGUUUUAAUAAUAAAACUUAAUUUUUACUGAUCUAAUACAAUUUCUUUUACCCAAAAUUGUUUAUUUACUGAUCAUUUUUUCCAAAAUACUGACCAAAAAUUGUUUACUGAUUUUUAUUGAUUGCACAAGAUUUUAAUUUAAAUUUUACGAUAUCUUAGUAUAUUUUAAUGAAUUUUUAAAGUGUUUUUUAAAGAUAAAUUCUUUUUAAAAUACCGGAAACAUAUUGUUCAUAGCUUUUACAAAUUCAUAUGAGACACAAAAGAUCAAAGUUCCUGAUCAAAGAAUGCCAACUGAUCAUUUAGUGGUAUUUUCCAAUUUAGGGGAAAGCGAGGAUGUUUGAGAGAAUUUAUUUUAUUCUGAAAAUCUUUUAAUUUUUCCUAAAAGAGUACAAAGUAAAUAGUAAGAAAAUUCUGAACUUUUCGCUGAAUAAAAGGAUAAAAAUACGUAAUGAAAUACAAGAAUAAUAGCAAGAAAAUUUGAUGUUCUCAAACAUUAUCGCCCUCUCCUACUUCAAAAAUAUUGUCAUCAGCCAAAAAAAAUCCAUUUUCUAACUUGUAAAAAAAAAUCUCCUCGGUAUUUUUGCCAUUGUGUGCCAAAAGAUAUUAAUUUGUAAUAUUAUUUUUAUAUAAAAGCGUGAUUGUUGAUCAGAGAUCGUUGAGUGGAAUUUAAAUGAGCACAGAAAAGGAAUAUCUUUUCCAGUGAUGUAUCAUUCAAUAUCUUUUUUUUUCGUCGUUGUUGUUCUUGUAACAAAAUCAAAAGGCCCAACAAGAGAGAGAGAAAGAAUCCCCAUCUUAUCUGCAAUUUCUUCCGCAACAGAGAGUUGUAUUUUCAAUUGAUAGUAGUUUUUACAGAGGCAAUAAUUGUUUUAAUAAAAUAAAAAAGUCAUUAACAAGA